AUCAUUACACAGAGAAGGAAAGCAGAGGGCUGCAAACGGGAGUAGGAUCCUGCCAUCGCUGCUUACACAUCCCUUUGCUGGUCCCACCAGUUCCUGCUUCCAUCUGGCACUGAGAAAGCUACCCCAGAUUCACUGGAAAAGAACACAUACAGGAGCUGCUGUGGCUGCAGGCUGGAGCCAGAGAGCAAGAUGAUGGAGAAGAUUCAGAAGGCGCUCACGAUUCGAAGUGUCACCAUCAGGGAGAUGCUGGCAGAAGCACUGGGGAUGUACAUCCUCAUGGUCUUUGGCUUGUCUUCUGUGGCACAAGUGGUAUUAGGGAGACAAAACUUCGGGCAGUAUCUGAACAUCAAUUUGGCAUUUGGCAUUGGUGUUACCUUGGGCAUCCAUGCAGCUGGAGGAAUCUCUGGAGCUCAUCUGAAUGCUGCCAUCACCAUCACACACUGCAUUCUAGGAAACCUGCCUUGGAUAAAGCUCCCAGUUUAUGUGAUCGGCCAGUUUCUGGGCUCCUUUACAGCAGCAGCCACUGUCUUUGGCAUCUACUAUGAUGCUCUGUACGACUACUCCAAGGGGAACUUCACAGUGACAGGACCAACUGCCACAGCGUCCAUCUUCUCCACUUACCCUGCUCCCUAUAUGUCCUUGCCUGGGAGUUUCUUCACAGAGUUUCUAGCAACAGUGAUGCUUCACCUGGGCAUUCUGAUCAUCCACGAUGAGAAAAACAACAGGGCCCUGAGAGGCACAGAGGCCCUGCUCACGGGUAUCCUUGUCCUGGGCAUUGGCAUGGGGAUGGGGAUGAACACAGGUUAUGCCAUAAACCCCUCCCGAGACCUGCCCCCCAGGAUCUUCACGGCAAUUGCUGGCUGGGGAACCGAUGUCUUCACGGCUGGACACCACUGGUGGUGGGUCCCAGUCACAGCACCAAUUCUGGGAAGCCUGACUGGUGUCUUCAUCCACAAAAUCUUCAUUGAUUUUCACAACCCACCUGUCACGGGAUGUGGGAAUGAGAAAGGACAGAGAGCAGUGGAGGUUUCUACACUGUGAUGGCCACGUGCUCCAAGGAAAGGACUUCACAUCAAAGCCUAUGUGGACAUACGGACUGACAGUCAAAGGGUAAACAAGUGGGUAAGGGCAUGUGCAAUAAUGCUGCCGGAGCACACCAGUUCUUUACCCUGCUGGUGGAGAAAUGUGGGACUGGUCUUCAAUAAACUCUGCCUGAGCAGACAAA